AUGGAGCUGGACACGGGCUCUGCCUUGUCUAUAAUUUCUGAAGCUGACUACAAAAGGCUGUUUUCCAAGCUACCAUUAGAAAAGACCUCGGUGAUGUUAAAGACAUACACUGGCGAGGAAGUGUCUCCUAAAGGAAAACUUAAAGUGGACGUGACUCAUGGUAACAAGACACACCAGUUAGAGCUUUAUGUCUUAAAAAGUGGAGGACCUGCUCUUCUGGGGCGUGAGUGGCUAAGAAAAAUCCAAAUAGACUGGCAUGAAAUUAAGGCCCUCAGCAUAUCACCAAGUCUCAAGAGCCCCAACUGUAGCUCUGAACAAAGACUGACACAGAUUCUAAAAGAUAAUGCAAUGACAUUUGAGAAAGGUAUUGGCAAACUUAAACAUAUUAAAGCAAAAAUUGAACUGGAUGAUAAUGCGACUCCAAGAUUUCACAAGGCACGUCCAACACCGUAUGCAUUGCGUAAAAAAAUUGACACAGAACUUCAGAGCCUGGAGGCAUCUGGAAUCCUCUCAAAGGUUGACUGGAGCGACUGGGCCACACCAAUCGUUCCAGUGAUAAAGAAAGGAAAAAGUGGAGGUGUUCGAAUAUGCGGCGAUUUCAAAGUGAGUUUAAAUCCAGUGCUGCGUACCGUACAGUACCCUUUGCCACGUAUUGAGGACAUCUUCUCUUCACUAGCUGGAGGUGAGAAGUUUUCAAAAAUCGACUUGUCUCAGGCCUAUCUUCAGAUUGAAGUGGAGGAGUCAAGUAGGAAGUUUUUAACCAUCAACACGCAUAAGGGGCUGUACCAGUAUAACCGGCUUGUGUUUGGUGUCGCAUCAGCGCCUGCCAUCUGGCAAAGAGCAAUGGACCAAGUACUUCAGGACAUACCAGGAACGCAAUGCUAUCUUGAUGAUAUACUGGUGACAGGAAAGAAUGAUAUAGAUUAUCUUCAAAACCUCAGCAAAGUGCUCAAAAGACUCAGUGAUUACGGCCUACGGGCGAAAAGAGAAAAAUGCGAGUUCUUUAAGAGUAAAAUAUCGUACUGUGGCCAUGUCAUUGAUAAAUUCGGCUUACACAAAUCGCAAGAGAAAGUUGAGGCAGUGCUAAAGGCACCCAGACCAGAAAACGUGUCCCAGCUAAGAUCAUACUUAGGUCUUGUCAACUAUUAUCACAAGUUUCUCCCAAACCUUGCCUCAGUUUUACACCCGCUGAACAAAUUGCUACAGAUAGGAACCAAAUGGGAGUGGUCUGAAAGAUGUAAAAAGGCAUUUAAGGAAACAAAAAGUCUGAUAACUUCAGAUGAACUGCUCACACAUUAUGAUCCAUCAUGGCCCAUCCGCCUGGCAUGUGAUGCGUCUCCGUACGGUAUCGGUGCCGUUUUGUCACACACUAUGGCUGAUGGAUCUGAGCGUCCAAUUGCAUUCGCUUCAAGGUCUCUAACAAGCGCCGAGCGUAAUUAUGCACAAAUUGAUCGAGAGGCCCUUAGCCUUGUGUGGGGCAUAAAGAAGUUUCACCAUUACCUUUAUGGACAAAGAUUCACAUUAGUGACAGACCAUCAGCCUUUGGUAUCCAUCUUUAACCCCCGGAAAGGAAUUCCUGUCAUGUCAGCCACCCGACUGCAACGAUGGGCAUUGUUCCUUGGGGCGCACUCAUACGACAUUGAGUUUAAGGGUACAAAGCAACAUAGUAAUGCUGACGGCUUAUCACACCUGCCGCUGCUGACAACUGAGGAAGAAAAGACUACAGCGCUAGACCCAGCAGAUGUGUUUCACACAACACCAGUGGAACAGCUUCCAGUGACUAGUGCUGAGAUUCAGAGAGAAACACGAAAUGAACCUACAAUAUCCAAGGUGUAUGGCAUCACGGUUCAAGGUUGGCCUGCACAUGGAAAUGCCAUGUUUCCUGACUUUUCUGCAAGGCGUGAUCAACUUUCUGUUUGCCAGGGAACCCUACUGUGUGGAUCACGCGUAGUAGUGCCCUCCAAGCUUCGCACUAGAGUACUGAAAAAUCUACAUGAAGGUCACCUUGGCACAGUCAAAAUGAAAAGCCUAGCCCGUGGUUACGUAUGGUGGCCGGGAAUAGACAGACAGAUUGAGGACAUCACUAAGACCUGUCCAGGAUGCCACAGCGUUCAGAACGCACCCCCACAGGCACCCUUACACCCGUGGGAGUGGCCGUCUACACCAUGGCAGAGAGUGCAUAUUGAUUUUGCUGGACCAUUCAUGAACUCCAUGUUUUUAAUAGCUGUGGACGCCCACUCAAAAUGGCCAGAGGUCAUGCGAAUGAAAUCCACAACCACAGAAAAGACUAUUUCUGUACUGAGAAACAUCUUUUCCAGAAACGGUCUGCCUGAACAAAUUGUGAGCGACAAUGGCCCACAGUUCAUUUCAGAGGAGUUUAAACUUUUCAUGAAAAAGAAUGGCAUUAAGCACUUCAAGUCAGCACCACACCAUCCUGCAACGAACGGCUUAGCCGAACGGUUUGUUCAAACUUUUAAAAGGUCAAUUAAAGCCAUGGAAAAGGAAAACAUCUCUCUUCAGCAUAAAGUGGACAAUUUCCUUUUUGUGUAUCGGAACGCUGUCCACUCAACAACCAAUCAAGCUCCAGCAAUGCUGUUUAUCAAAAGAACUCUGAGAUCUCGCAUUGACCUCCUGAAGCCUAAUUUACGGAGGGAAGUGCAGAAUAAACAGUUCAGCAUGUUGCCAAGUGAGGCAACAAGAACUUUUGAUGUUGGACAGGAAGUUCUGGCACGUGAUUAUCGAGGAAACAAAUGGACACCAGGAAGGAAUGUCACAAGAAAUGGGCCACUGAUGUACGAGGUGGACAUUGGGGAGCAAACUUGGAGACGUCAUGUGGAUCAGCUGCUGAAUGCUCAACCAAACAACACCCCCGAGUUGCCUACGUCAAAGCCCCAGGACACAGUGAGUUCACCUGACCUACCCAGUCCUGUCCAUGACACCUCAAAAGGGAUGAUCCCUGCAAAGGAAAGUCAGGGCACCACCUAA